AGUCAGCCAGAGCGCACACAACAGGCGCUGAACGCCGCCAGACACCGCGCCGCCAGCGUCGCUGGUGUCACACCUGACGACGACGAAGUUCUUCCCGACCGAAACAUUCAGUUGAGCAGUGAAGACCAGAGUUUGGAACAGAGAGCACGGAAUGCCACUCUCGGACUAUAAAGACCUGGUGGGCACCGUGGCAAGCUAUGCUGCCAUCGCUCAGAUGCUCUCUGGCAUCAUCAUGUGCCGCAACUUCGCUCGCCAGGGCACCACACGUGGCAUGCCCCCGACCAUGUUCGUCAUGGGUGGCACGCUGGGCGUCGUCAUGGUGGAGUUCGCCCGCAUCAUGAAGGACGCGGCAAUGCUGCGCGCCAACCGUGCCAUCAUGCUACUCAACCUGGGCUACCUGGCUUGCUACUGGUACUACUGCGACGACCGGCCCCUGUUCUACCGAACACUGACCAAAGCCACCGUCCUGGCUGCGGGGCUGCUCACCUACGCCCGCCUCGAGGACCCCGCAGUGGUCGAGUUCCGGUUCGGUGCCAUCCUCACUGUCCUGUUCUUCUUCCUAGUCGCUUCACCACUCUUUUCACUGCGAGAGAUCAUCAGAACCAAGAACAGCAUCAGCAUACCACUGCCGAUGGUCCUGUCGGGUACUGUUGUAACCCUACUGUGGCUGCUUUACGGGGUGAUGAUUGGAAGUGCUUUUCUGAUUUUCCAGAAUGUGAUUGUUUUGGUCUUAUCAGUGGCCCAGUUGGGUCUGGUUAUCAUUUACCCGAGGACUCUGCCACCUGAGGAGAGCAAGGGCGUUGACUAUCUUUGAUAACUGUGCUCAACUGACUGUCUGACAACUUUGUGUUUGAUGAUACAACUGUAGUAUUCUGUCUUCCUACUUUU